AUGGCGGUGGAGGACAGUAUGGUGCAGGUGGUGGUGCGUGUACGACCCCCAACCCCACGAGAGUUGGAGAGUCAACGGCGGCCUGUGGUUCAGGUGGUGGAUGAGCGGGUGCUGGUGUUCGACCCUGAGGAGCCUGAUGGAGGAUUCCCUGGCCUGAAAUGGGGCAGCAUCCAUGAUGGCCCCAAGAAGAAGGGCAAAGACCUGAAGUUUGUCUUUGAUCGGGUCUUUGGUGAAGAAGCCACCCAACAGGAUUUGUUCCAGUACACCACCCACAGCAUCCUGGAUGGCUUCCUCCAGGGUUACAACUGCUCAGUGUUUGCCUAUGGAGCCACAGGGGCCGGCAAGACACACACCAUGCUUGGUAGGGAGGGGGACCCUGGCAUCAUGUACCUGACCACCAUGGAACUGUACAGGCGUCUUGAGGCCCACCAGGAGGAGAAGCGGUUCGAGGUCCUCAUCAGCUACCAGGAGGUAUACAAUGAACAGAUCCACGACCUCCUGGAACCUAAAGGGCCCCUUGCCAUCCGUGAGGACCCCGACAAGGGGGUAGUGGUGCAAGGUCUUUCCUUCCACCAGCCAACCUCAGCUGAGCAGCUUCUGGAAAUGCUGACCAGGGGGAAUCGUAACCGCACACAGCACCCCACUGACGCCAAUGCCACUUCCUCCCGUUCCCAUGCCAUCUUCCAGAUCUUCGUGAAGCAGCAGGACCGUGUCCCGGGACUGACCCAGGCCCUUCAGGUGGCCAAGAUGAGCCUGAUUGACCUGGCUGGCUCAGAGCGGGCAUCCAGCACCCAUGCAAAGGGGGAGCGGCUGCGGGAGGGUGCCAACAUCAACCGUUCUCUGCUGGCACUCAUCAAUGUUCUCAAUGCCCUGGCCGACGCAAAGGGCCGCAAGUCUCACGUGCCCUAUCGCGACAGCAAGCUGACACGUCUGCUCAAGGAUUCUAUCGGGGGCAACUGCCGCACAGUGAUGGUCGCUGCCAUCAGCCCCUCCAGCCUGGCCUACGAGGACACUUACAACACCCUCAAGUAUGCAGACCGUGCCAAGGAGAUCAAACUCUCGCUGAAGAGCAAUGUGGUCAGCCUGGACUGUCACAUCAGCCAGUAUGCCAACAUCUGCCAACAGCUUCAAGCUGAGGUGGCCUCCCUGAGGGAGAAGCUCCAGGUGUAUGAGGCAAGAGCCCGGGCCCCACAACAGGAGAUCCCACGAUCCCCCAAACUGGCCCUGCCACAACCACAGCAGCCCUGUUUCCUAGAGCUCCACCCAGGAUCUGAAGUCCUUCAGGAGGAGAGCUUGGAAAUAGAGCCCCGGUUAGAGAGGGCUGGUGAAGGGAAGUCACCAGACAAGGAACAGCCCCCAGAGGACAAGGAUGAAGGCUCAGCCAAGAAGUUGGCAGCCCAACAGGAGGGGGCAGCCAAAUACCAAAUUCCAUCCCCAAAGACGGCAAGCGCCAAGUUAGGGCAGGGUCGCUGGGCUAGUGCCAGGAGAAGGUUGGCCCUAAAGGUGCUGUGCCUGGCCCAGCGGCAAUACUCCCUGCUCCAAGCAGCCAACCUCCUCACCCCGGACGUGAUUGCAGAGUUUGAGGCCCUACAACAGCUGGUGCAAGAGGAAAAAACUGAGCCUGGAGCAGAGGCUUCUAAGACUCCUGGUCUGGCCAGCGGGACACCUCUUGUCCAGGAGCUAUGUUCAGAGUCAAUGCCUCCUUCUCUGUGCCCAGAGUCUCCAGGCUACUCUGGCCCUGUGACCCGGACCAUGGCAAAGCAACUGAGUGGCCUUGGGCCCACUCUGGGGAUCCUACCCGGACAUGACUGCAUUCCAGCCCAGGCAUCGAAGCAGCCCCCGAGGAAGAAGAAGAGGAGAAAACUGAGCCCCUUGGAGCCAGACAGCCCACUAGCCUCAAAGCUGGGGAUCAAGCGCCAGCAUCAGUCCUUCCUCCCCUGCCUGGGGAGGGGCUCUCUGCCUGAGACCCAACCUGCAUUCACGCCCUGCACCCCUAAGGGGGAACAGACCUCUUCUCCCUGCCAUUCCCCUCGCAUCUGCCCAGCCACAGUCAUCAAAAGCCGGGUGCCCCUGGGCCCUUCUGCCCUGCAGAACUGCUCCACCCCUCUGGCCCCACGUACUCGGGACCUCAAUGCCACCUUUGAUCUUUCUGAGGAGCCCCCCUCCAAGCUCAGUCUCCAUGAAUGCCUUGGCUGGGAGAAUGUCCCCCAGGAACUGAACAGGCCGGAGCAGCCUUUCUUCCCCAGUGUGCCUGUGUUUCUGUUCACCACAAAGGGCCUCAAGCCAACUUCUUCCCUCCCUGGGACUGCAACCUGCAAGAAGAAGUGUGUUGGGAGCUCCUCAGUCUCCCGCUCCCUGGGAGUGGCCCGGGGCCGGGGCCGGGGCCGCAGCCGCAUCGCCCGCCUCCCCAGCAGCACCAUGAAGAGGCCAGCUGGGCCCCUUGCAAUCCCAGAGCGCCCCUCAAGUCCCCCGUGCCCUGGCAACCAGAGGAGCCAGAAGGAAGUAGGUGUUGGGGGAGCCCUGUCAACUGGGAGCUGCAUCAUCGCCAAGGUGUCCUGA